AUGACCACCGUGGGCCCAACACCCAGUUCGCCCCCCGAGCUUUCCGGGUCGAAAUCUUCAAAGUCCUCCUCCUUUCACUCCUCCCACCUGGACGGCCCGGACAGUGCUUUCACGGACAUUUCGAACUUCGAGGAGAUUGGCCUGGAGGAUGAUGUGGAUCUGUCGUACAUGGAGUCUGCCGGCUCGUAUGGUCGCGCGGGGGUAAUGGGUCGGUCAUCUGCUCGGCCAGCAAGCAAAACCCCUGCGACGUCGACACGCGAUUUGACCGCUACUCCGAAGCCGCGAAAGCGCAAUCCCUUACCUCCGUUGACCGGAGCGAAGCCUCCUCAAUCUGGGUCCCUGACGGCCAAAUCUGGGAAUCGCAGAGACUCUGGCAGCACGCUACACUCGCCAGGAUUGACACCAUCCCAACCUCGCCGACCCCGGUCCGUCUCACCCCUCCGUCCCACCUCCAGUCGCUCCGCCUCUAGCACCAGCUUGGCAUUGUCUCCGCUUUCCGCGCGGGUGCCGGUCAGCAAACAAACCUGGCAGCCGAACAGGAAGUCACUCAAGGAAUUGGAGGAAGAAUAUCACGAUUCGGAUGAUGAGCUACCGGACGACGCGAGCCUGUGGAACAUUCCUAUCUCCCCGCGCCCAGCGCAAGAGCGGGCGCCUUCGCGCUCUGCCAGUCCCAAUGGCCGCAGUCCUGGUCGCCGCCCGCUCCCUUUCCAACAUGCUGUCACGGACGGCCAAGGGGCCAAAACGGAGGACACAGCAAAAGCAUCCCGCAUGAAGCGGAUAAACCGAUCGAGCUCCGCAGGACCGGAGCGUGGUCAAAUUUCACCACGCAAUCCCCGCACCUAUUCUUAUAAUAGUUAUUUAACAGAUCUCUCUGAAGAAGCGAAGAUCAUCACCGAGGCUCUGGAGCUACACGCCGAUGAUAGAGACCGCAAGCGCGAGGAAAAUGUGCAAACGGGGGCUGCACGCAAGUCGAGCGAGGACUCACAUCGGGCCUCUCGUGACGCUACUGCUUUGCCGCCCCUUCAAAGAUCGAAUAUCAUGAUCGACCCUUUACCUAUCAGCAAAGAGAAAGAAAAGGUUCUUUCGCGGACCCGCCCUAGCUGGCUUCCGCCCAAGGAUCAGAAGGAGGAAAAGAAGCAUCUGAAGCAAUACCAAGAAAUGAUGGCCCAAUCUCGGGAGGCGGAGAAACGCAAAGCCGCCAAAGAAGCCUCUGCGCAGUGCGCCAAAGAUAACACCCGUGUAACGCUCCAGAACAUCUGGGAUGAAUACGUAUACCCACACUGGGACCGCGCCCUCGGCGAACCUCGAAUCCGCGAGCUUUGGUGGCGUGGAAUCCCGCCCCGUAACCGAGGAGCCAUCUGGGGACGAGCCAUCGGCAACGAGCUAUCCUUAACCGAGGAGACCUUCACCAGGGCCCUGCAAAGAGCCAAGGAUCUUCGCGGCAAGAAAGACGCCGAGAACGAGACCAACAAGCGCUUCCAAGAUUGUUUCGACGCCAUCGACAACGACGUCCCGAAAGCCUUCUCCGACCUCAACCUCUUCCAGGAAGGAGGCCCUCUUCAUGAUACUCUCACUGACGUGCUGUUGGCAUACUGCAUGUACCGCAGCGACGUAGGAUACAUCCACGGUCUUCACACCAUUGCCGCGCUCCUCGUUCUCCAAUUCUCGACCCCUGCCUCUGCCUUCCUCGCCAUGGCGAAUGCUCUCAACCGCCCUCUGCCAGUCGCAUUCCUGACCUGGGACCGUGGAGCCAUGGCCCGAUCCUACACCUUGGCCUCCGACACUCUGCGCUACAAAUGCCCGCGACUCUACACCCACCUCACGCAGACCUUCAACCUCUCCGACGAAGAGCUCUGGGAGCCCAUCUUCCGCUCUCUCCUGACAAACGGCCUAGACCUCGAACGUCUCUCCCGCGUCUGGGACUGCUGGGUUUUCGAAGGCGACCGCAUCAUGAUCCGCUCAGCCGUUGCAAUCCUCAGCUGUCUCCAGACCCAACUAUUCUCAUUCCAGCACGGCGACGAACAGACUCGCCUGGUCAUUCGCGACAUCCUGGGCUGGGGACCUCGGCACAUCGGCGCCAAUACCCAAAAGCCCAAGGACCGGCACAGUGCACCUGCCGCCGCAGGCUUUGGUGGUGGCUCAAUCGAGAAUCCCGGUGUGGCCGAUUACUGGGUUCUGACAGCUGCGGGAGACGAGGACGGAUUCAUGAAAGCGGUGCGAGAAGCUGGAAAGGUUCGUCAGCAACGACAAUGA